CUCGUAUUAGACUUCAUAGUUUACAACGUUGUCAUUUUUAUCGGAUUUUUUUCACUUUCUAAUCUCUCUGUCUACCUCCCUUAAACCCACCCCUCUCCUCUUGCCAUGCUAGCCUCUCCUUCAGAGAACCGAACCAGAUGCAGGAAGCGUAAGAGAGAUUCGCCAAUCAGCCGGCGCCACCAGAAGCACGAGGAGGAGGAGGACGAUGACGAUGAAAACCCAAAUGCGGAGGAAGACCUCGCCGAACGAGACUACGAUUCGGAGGACCAAACGCACCACAACCACCCUAAUUCGCAACCUCAUGUGGAGACGGAGGUCCUCUCCGACCACGGCGUUCAGAUGUCGCAGUUCCCGCCAGUGAUAAAGCACUCCGUGAAUCGCCCUCACUCCUCCGUCACCACAAUUGUUGCUCUCGAGCGUGCCCUCCAUGGAAUCGCCCUCACUAGAUUUCAGUUUUUGAAUUUACAGAAUGCUCCUUUAGAUUUUGGUACUGAUGACUUUUAUAUUGCAAGAAAGAGUAGCAUAGAAUCCCAUCUGCAGCAAAUUCGUGAUGGCAUGGCUGAGGAGUUUCUUAUUAAGUCAUGGGAAACACAUAUUGGAACAACAUGUAGAGGAGUUAAUUGGGGCUGCCAUUCUUUAGAUGAGCUUCGCGCUGAUGUUUCUUGUGUUGGGGGCACUUGCUUGGCAUCUCUCUGCAAACUUCUGGCUCAAGACUAUCGGAGCUGAUCUAGUGGAAUGCCGGAUUUGCUGCCAUGGCGUUUCCAUGGAGAAUACAGUGGUGAAGCCAAGCUUGUUGAAGUGAAAGGCCCCAGGCACUUGCUUGGCAUCUCUCUGCAAACUUCUUUCUUUUUCCAUUUCUCUUUUUAGAUUUGCAUUUUUUAUAGUUGUUUUAUGUAAGUAUGCAUGUAUUCAUUGAACUUGGAGAAAAUAGGGUAAUAAGCGGUUGCUACAAUAUGGCUUGAAAGUUGAAACUUAUUAUGCGUGUGCUUGGAUAUAUGUUGUUUUGGUGGUUGCAUGUCUUCGUUAAUUGACCAAAAUGUUGUGGGUUGUGUGGCUGUACUUCUUAUAUAUUGAUUCUGUGAGUGGAUAUUGAGAAAAAAAGAUUGGAGAAUCUUCAAAUCUUCAAAUUUACUAGUGUCUCUAGACUCUAAUCAUUUGAUGUACUAUACUGUAGAAGAUGGACUUAGGUUGUUAUAUAUAUAUAUAUAUGCCCAUCUGCAUUGGACACAACAGUACUGUUUCUUUGUAUAGUUUGUUGUCUUACAAAAAUUAACUUUAAGCCUAAUGUAAUGGCUUUUACGGAAAGAAAAAAAUCUAGCCUAAUAUCAUAUUUGUUUGUGGGAUGCAGCUGAGAAACUUAGUAUGGGCAACUUCAAAACAUGAUGCCUUAUCUCCAACUACUCUGUUAAUCACUGGUCAUCAUUAAGUGGUAAUUUUACUGAGAUAAUCAAUUUUGCUGGGCAUGUGGCACCGCCCCCUACUGAGCGUUUGAAUAAGAAAGGAGUAAGCUUUUGUACAUGGAUCACACAUGAUGAUAAUGUUAUAUCAAAUGCAGUUGAAAUAUAUGACAGCUUGAGUGGUGCAACGCAUAUUAUUGCCUCCAAUAAUGAUUGUGGUGUGAGAGAAUUUGACACAGAAAGGUUUCAGCCUUUGAAUAACUUCCAGUUCUCUUGGCCAGUGAAUGUGAGCCCUCUCAAUGCAAUCUGACUGAAGAAGUAUAUUUUUUAUUUUCUUUUCCUUUUUAGCUAAUUAUUCUCCCAUUCAGGUUCAUUUCAGCUUUGCUCUCAUAUAUACUGUUGUGUUUUUUCCCUUUAGUUGAUUAGAAAAAAAAAUUGUAUUAGAGAUAGCAAGAGAAAACAGAUAAAAAAGAUGCAGGAUAGAACUCUCGGAACUGAUAAAGAAAACCAAAACAGAAACACAAAAAUUGAAGUCCUAUACUAUAAAAUUAGUUAGUGUAGAGAAGCUGUCUAAUCUCUUUGUAUAUCUUAGAUGUUGAUACCAUGAAAAAAUACAUGUGCUGAAGACCAAAGAGAAGCCACACACACUUCUAUGUAAAUUUUUCUUCACCUUUUUUGGUUUGAUGUAAAUUUAUUGUGCAACCGUUUAAUUACUCCAUAUCGAUACAUUUCCUUGUGAAUCGAAGUGAUUUUCUUAUAACAAGCUGGUGCAGGUUACAUGAAUAGACUAUCUGAAUGUGAUAAAUUUUUUGUUGUGGUUGUUGAAUAUGAGGAAUCUAAGUGAAUAGCUUGCUUUUUCAAGUACGUCAUAUAUCAAGAUUUAACUUUUAAAAUUAAAAUAUUUGGGAUGAAAAUGUGAUUUAAAUCUUUCAAUUUUCACUUAAAAUUAAUCUUAAUCUUUAUGUGUGUGUUUUGGGUUCUGGCAAAAAAAAAAAAAAUAGAAGAAAAAGCGUGUUUCGGGUGAUGAUAAAUUUAUUUCAUUUUUAUGGUGUUAGAGUCACAUCAUACAGAAUUUUUCUACUUAUUAUAUGUAUAGCUAACCUGUGUAGAGUUAUUAUUUGGCAUUUUCUUAGUAAAAAUGUAAAACGAUUUAAUUUAAAAGAUUUGUUUUAAAUAGACAAAAAGUAAAAAUUAUUACUUAACAUCAUAUUUGUUAAUUUUUAAGCAUUACUCACGAAAGGAUUAGCUGGAAUCCAACCUGUUGAUAUUCCUGGGAUCCAAAAUGUAAGAUGUUUCUUCAUCCUCUUUGAUAAUGUUUCUUCAUCCAUGGCUGCUGAAGUAUAUUACCAGGCUAUUGGUACUUUGCAGUCCCGUUCUUAUCUGAAUAAUUUAAAUCAUCACCAAAAGCAUCAAAACAAUUUAGUAAGAUUGGUGUCUAGGGAUUUUAUCAGCAGUAAUGGCUUGUCAACGAGAAGAAGUAACUGCACUAGCUAGAGGAAUUGUAGUGUAAUUCGAUCUCUAGCCUCGCAAACAUCAGUCGCUGAUCCAGUGUUGUCCUCUUCAAGAAGCAAUGCUGGUGACACUUACAAGAAAUCAACUUUAAUCCUUAUUGGGCAUGGUGAGUCGUUAUGGAAUGAGAAGAACUUAUUCACAGGGUGUGUUGAUGUCCUUCUAAGCAAGAAGGGUAUAGAUGAGGCAAUUGAAGCUGGGAAAAGAAUUAGCAGCAUUCCUUCUGAAGCUGGAGUUUAUGCCUAUACUAGGGUAUGCUGUUUAUAGCCCUUUUAAGACCCUUUCUUUUUUUUAAUGAAAUGUUUAACAAUAGAUAUUAUUUGUCUGGAAGGCUGCAAUGGCACUUGCAGACCUCUACCAAUAGAUUGAAUAGAACAUAAAAAUGGUUUUGCUUGUGAAAUUAUUUGUCACGUGUCUC